AUGUUUCACCAGUCGCCCACCCAUGCUGCCACGCCUGUCCCACGUCGGCGUCCUUGUGUGUUCCACCCUGAGCCCCUGUCCAACCUUCCCACCUCCUACAUCUCUGUCCCCGACCCAGUCCCCGCCUCUGUUUCUGUCAACAUCACCGGCCAAGUUAUUGUGGCUGACACUGACUUUGUGGAGAUAGAUCUGGGCAGUGAGGCAGACACACAACCCCUCCCACCCCAGUCCUUCCUGAGAGCCUUGCUGUCCCGUUUCAUCCGUCUGGCAUGUGUUGCUGAGAAUGGUUCUAACUGGGACCUAAGCUGGUUCUCGGCUCCCUUUGCGCUUAACUGGGACCUUCACGGUGGCUAUCUUCGUAUGAUCAAGAAGUGCACGAACACUGAAUUAACAGUCAUCUGGGAGGUAAAUGCUGCAAGUUCAGCCCAUAGAUCCGGUGCUGACAUGAGGAAAAAAUGGAAUGAGCUGAAAUGUCAAACUAGAAAGAAGGCAAUGUCUCAAAAAAGAGAGCUGGUGAAAACGGGUGGAGGACCUGCACCCCCGCCCAUGUCACAAGUUGAAGAGAAGGUCAUCUCCCUUAUUCCUAAGUGUCAGGUGGAAGGCAUUGUUGGAGGGCUGGAAACUGGAGGGUUUGAAAACGAAAUUAUUCAAAUAUUGGAUGUGCCACAGUCUCCGCUGAUGCAAAGAGGUCUUGAUCUUGUUAAGAUGUAUCUACCAGAGGAAGGACAACUGACAGCAUCAACAUCUAGAGCCACAACAGCAGCGGGUCAGUUCACAGCAGGACCUCGGAACACAACAGAAGCAUCUGCCUCAGCAACCCCAUCAGUUAACCAGCAACUCCCUAUUGAAUCAAAAAGUGAAAAAGUGUCCAGACAGAAGACAACGACUGGAAAUGAAAUCAUACAAAUUGAAAAUAAGAAGCUUCAGGCCAUGAGGGAAUUUUUUGAUGAUGUGUCAUCCAAAUUAGACAACAUUAUUGAUUUACAGAGGCGAAAAUUGCAGUUGGAGGAGGAGAAGAUCAAGAUUCUUAAAUCCACAGAGAACUUGUCUGCCAAAACCCCGUCACCUCGAAAUAUAUUCAAAUUGCUUGAACUAUAAUGU